CAGCGCGCUCAUCACAUGACUGGAACAUUCUGCCUCAUGACACAGUGAAUCUGCUGCCAGAUACUCAGCAAACAGCGUAACUUCUCUGUUUGUUACCUGACAGACUCAUAUAAAGGCAGAGCUCGGCGCUGCUCGGCUCGUGUUCGGUCGCAGGCGUUAGUGCGUGUCGUGUUCCGCGCUCGGAGUUUGACGCUUUUCCUGACGGACGUCAGUACGGACUGAGGCAUGACGGUCAGACGGAGCUCGGCUGCAGGUGUCUGCUGGACCCUACUGAUGGGGUGUGUGUUUGCGGCUCACGCUGUGACAUUUGAGGUGAUGGACGGAAACUCCACCUGCAUUAAAGCAGAUCUCAACGCCAGCUUCAGCAUCACCUACAACACCACCAAUGGAACGAGAGUGGCGGGGUUUGCACUGCCGUCCUCCGCAUCAGUGGGUAACGGCAGUUCCUGCGGCGGCCGUGAGGUUCCUCCGGAGCUGCUGGUGUCGUUUGGCGCGGGUCACGCUCUGGCUCUCGUGUUCUCCAGCGACGGGCGGCUCUACCGGGUGGCCAACCUAAGCCUGCAGUACAACCUCAGCGACACCAGCACCUUCCCACAAUCCUCUGGCACAGGACUGGUGACGGUGAUGACGAACGUGUCGGACAUCACAGCGAGGCUGAACAGCACCUACAGGUGUGUGAGCUCCACGACCGUCAGUCUGAGCGCCGGAGUCAGCAUCACCCUCUCUGAUGUGCGCAUGGAGGCGUACAUGAACGGAGCAAACCUCAGCACAGAUGAGAGCGUUUGCAGUGCUGAUCUGCCAGUUACGACCGCUGCUCCGACUCAGUCGCCCAGAACCACCGCCGCCCCGUCACCCACCCCGCCGCCCGCUCCCGAGCGCGGAAACUACACCCUCACCAACGGCAACGGCACCGCCUGUCUGCUGGCGCUCAUGGGGCUGCAGCUCAACGUCACGCACCUCUCCAAAUCUCUGAACAAGACGGUCAGUGAGGUCGUGAACCUGCGGCCCAACAGAACCACAGCCUCGGGGUCGUGUGGGGUCGAGCUCGCCACGCUGGUGCUGACGGAGGAGCUCACCAAUCUCACCUUCACCUUUGCACUGAACUCCACUACACGGAAGUUUUACCUGAGCGCCGUGAACGUCUCUGCCUUCUGGCCCGACAUGACAGAUCGAUUCGCGGAAGGAAACGCCUCUCUGGACCUCCUGCAGUGCAGCGUGGGUCGCUCGUACAUGUGCAGCGCGCAGCAGACGCUCACGGUCCUCCCCACUUUCUCCAUCAACACCUUCAGACUGCAGCUGCAGCCCUUCAACAUCACCGCCAACCGCUUCUCUGCAGCGGAGGAGUGUCGUAUGGAUCAGGAGAACAUGCUCAUCCCCAUCAUCGUGGGUGCGGCUCUGGCCGGACUGGUGCUGAUCGUCCUCAUCGCGUAUCUGAUCGGCAGGAAGCGGACACACGCCGGAUACCAGACCAUCUGAUCAUCUUCAUCACCAUCAUCGUCCUCCAGCUGCGCUGCGAUCGACUGCAGCUGCACGCACUGGAGUGGGAGUGUGUGAGUGUGAGUGUGAGUGUGUUCGCUGUGAGGUCAAAGGUCAGCUCUAUUGGUCAGUGUGGGUGCAUUUCUGCACUGUGAGGUCAGAGGAGUGUGUGUGUGUGUGUGUGUGUGUGCACUUGUACAGCUAUCUUUGUGAGGGCCGGUUUGAGUUUUAGAUCAUUGGAGUGUGAACAAUUUUGGAAAGUGAGGACAUUUUGGCCGGUCCUCACUUUCUGAGACCCCUUUAAAGGCCUGUUUGAGGGUCAAGACUUGGUUUUAGGGAUCAGGUUAUGACUGGGUAAAGAUUAGGUUUAGGGUAAGGGUUUGGGUGAGGCACUUAGUUCUGAUGGGUAGGUUUAGGGUAAGGAGCUAGAGAUUGCAUUGUGUCACACUUUGUGUCCUCACAAAGAUAGCUGUACAGAGGUGUGUGUGUGUGAGGUCAGAGGUCAGUGUGUGUGCAUUUCUGCACUGUGAGGUCAAAGGUGUGUGUGUGUGUGUGUGUUGGUCGGUCUGGACUGUGGUGUGGAUGAGUUGAAGCCGUUAUGAUGAGUGUGUUUGUGUGAAUGAUUAUUGUUUGACGUUCAGCACAAACUGGACAAACCUUCACUCAUGGACGUCCUCAUCAGAAUCACUCUCUUCAAAAUCAACCUUUUUUUAUCUUAUUCUAACGUCCUUUAUUAUGUUAAUUUUAUUCUAAAAUGCUAAAUAUUUUAGUGUAUGUAGUCAUUUUAAUUGGCUUUAUGUAAAAAUAAUAGUGUUUAUGACAUCAGCUCAUUUAUGUGUGUGUGUUGGUUGAGGUUUCAGGUUCCCUACGUUAUAAAAACAGCCUUUCUGCUCCGUAAUUCAAAUGGCUAAAGAAACAUACUAAACUAUUUUUUAUUUAAAAUAAAAAAUGUUAAAAAAACAUUACAGACAUUUUCUGUUAUGGUUACAUGUAAGAACUGAAAAUAUGAUUAGCUCAGAGUAAAAAACAUUACGCUGUGUGUGUGUGUGUGUGUGUGUGUGGGGCAUUAACUGACACCUGACAUGAAUAAUUGAUGUUUGUUUGUUUGUUGGAUCAUGAAACCUAAAUAGAGCCGCUGGUGAAUUACCCAUGAUCCUCCACACACACACAGCAGCUGUGAGGAUUGUUCACACAGAACACGUUUGUGCUGAAAGGCAGCAGAUGCUGCAGUGAAACUGGAAAGAAAGUUAGAGACAGCAGCUGACGCUGCAAAACACAAAUGCAGUGAUGAACAAACUGCAGUGGAAUGAAAACACAAACCCUAAAACACAGAUGAAGGUUCAGUUUGUUGCUUGAGUGAAAAGGGAAAUUGUGAUGAUCUGAAUGAAUGAAUGAAUGACUGUGUGAGUCUGAAACUGUAUCCUGUGCUUUUCUAAGACUUUGAAAAUGUGUCAGUGACAUCUUCAUCAUCAUCAUCAGCUUCCUGUUACAGAGAAGAUGAUGAUUGUUGAUCUGUAGAUCAGUGUGUUUGAGUGAAUGUGAUGAUGAUGAUGAUGAUGAAGCAGCGCACUGGUCUCAUUUCAUGGGUUUGAGGUUCCUGGAGCUUCUGCAUCCUGGUGAUUUGAUUGGUCACAUGACGUGUCGUUGGGUCAGGUGACUCCAGUGGCGUCUGCUGGUUUCUUCUUCGCUCUGUUAUUUUUGUAGUGAAUGUUUGGUUAUUUUUAUGCAUCAGGGUUUGAGGUUAAUAAAUAAAUAAUGACUUACA